GUUUUUUUUAUUUACCAGUUAACAAUGUUUAUAACCUCUCGAUCACUAAUUACAUUACAUAAUCACGUCAUCUCAGAUCAUAAAAUAACUGUGAUUUAAAUUAGUAAAGUAAAUUCACAAGAUGAACGCCAUGAACACAUACAUAAAGAAAGAGGUUGCUCUUAUAGGUGCUAACACGACAUUUGGCAAAAUAACAUCCUUCUUAUUGAAACAGUCUCCAGUUUUGAGUAAACUAACAUUGUAUGAUGAAAAAAGUCUAAAAUCUUUUGACGAUAUGAAGUACAUAAACACACCUUGCAAAGUAUCAUUUGUCAAUGGAAGAGAACAUAUAAGUGAAGCAAUCAAGGCAGCAGAUAUUAUAAUUAUUGGAGAUGACAAUCCUAAAGAAAUGAGCCAUGAAGCUACUUUAGUCUCUAGAGUCCCAUCAUUUUCAAAUUAUGUUCAACAGAUAGCAGAUCAUAAUCCUAACGCAAUAAUUAUAGUAGCCACAAAUCCAGUUAACAUGACUGUUCCAUUAGCAGCUGAGGUGUUGAGAAAUCUUGGUAAAUUUGAUGAAAGGAAACUUAUUGGCAUGACUAACGUAGAGAACAUCAAGGCAAGGGCUAUCCUAGCUCGUCAUCUUCAAAUCUGCCCGGGAACGAUUGAUUUUCCAGUUAUUGGAGGCUCAACAUCAGAGACAAGUGUACCAUUAUUGUCAAAUACGAACCCCCGUAUUCCUUUGAGUAAGGCGAAUUCACAAAAAAUAAUCUGUGCUGUAAAGACAUCUGCUACUAAACUUCAUAAUGCUGAAGGCAGUCAAGAGAGUCUAAACCGAUCAUAUGCGACUGCAAAGUUGGUAAAAUCCAUUGUUGCCGGUUUGAAUGGGCAUCCUACAGUUGAAACAGUACUUUCAUAUCAAAAAAUAAUCAACAAUGCUGAUUAUUUUUCACUACCUGUCCUAUUGGGAGAGAAUGGCAUAAUUAACCACAUGACAUUACCAAAUAUAUCCCAACAUGAAAAACAUCUUCUAUUACAUGCUAUAACAUCUAUGGCCGCUGAUUCUAAAAAGGCUAAACAUUAUUAUGAUAAACUGGUAAAUAAUUUAGGAAUACCUAUUAGAGCUCCACAAAACAAAUUAAAUAAAUUGAAACCUCCAAACAAUCCAAACAAACAUCCGCAAUCACAAUAUGCAUCGGUUCAUAAUAGAACACAAAAUUCAUUCCAAAAUACAAUGUUAAAUGAAACAUCUCCUUCUAGUAUGAAAUUGAAAUCCAUCAUAGAUCACGUUGCUUCAACUAUUUCUUCUUGUAAUAAAAGUACAAAGACAAUUGUAGAUCAAAAUAAAUUAGAGAGUCUUAAAUUUGAAAAAAAAACGAAACAUAGUGUAAAAUUUAAUCAAGUGAACGAUAUUGCUUUGUUAGCCAAACAAGAUUCAUUCAAGGGAUUACGUCCAACAGAAAAAGCAAUCAGUGCCAAAAAUACUAUAUUUGAAUACAGUACUCAAGUUUUAACCAUGCCUAAAAAUAUUAAAAAUUUAAACCCAAAGGAAAAUAUUACUUCUAAUGACCCAAUAGUUAAUUACAUAAACAAAACAUCACUGUCUCCUCAACUUAGUAAUAAAGAAAAAAAAUGUGUCAUAGAGAAAGAUAAUUUGUCUCUUAAAGAUAAUAAUAAAGAAAAACAAUAUACUACUUCAGAAAACGUAUCUACAGAUACCUCUCAAAAAAUCCUUAGACCGGAAAAGAUCGAAAAUAAUUUUACCUCUAAUAUUAUAGGGGUAAUUAAUGAAAUGCAGAACAGAAAGAGUAUGCCAUUCGCUACAAAAGGCGCAAUCAAGAAUCAAUCCGAAAAUAUGUUUGAUAACAGCACUAAAGUGAAUAAUUUUAGUUCAAAAUUUAAUACAAAGAAUGAUAAGUAUUUGGACUUAUUUGGAAUUAAAGCAGCUAAAAAGGAUGAUAAAAAUGUGAAGAUAAAUAAGGCUGAUAUAAAAUCAAUAAGCGAUAUUAGCUUCCUCAUUCCUAGCGAAACUAAAACAAGCGGCAAAAAAUAUAGUUUACAAACAAAUCAGCCUCAUUGGAUUUUACACAGUAUGUUAUUCAAAUCAGAAAAAUAUCAGUCUUCAAAACGACCGAUAUUGUCACGAUAUGUAUCGUCCGAGUCACACGAUAAUCAAUUCAAAAAUAAACAAUUUACAAAUAUCGCCCCUGAGGAAGAAAUGAGACAGGUGUCGUCACUUCCGAAACCACAAACAAAUAUUAAUGAACUACAAGAACCGUUAUGGUCGCGAUUUAUAUCAUCAGAAUCACGGGACAAUGAAAUAAAAAAUAAAGUAUAUGAAAAUUUUAACCCUGAAAAUAGAAAAAAUCUUCAAACGUCACUUCCCAAAUCCCAACAAAAUAUUAAAAUCCCAUAUGAAACAUUUUCAUUAAGUUGUAAACCAUCAGAAUCUACUUCUAAAGAAAUGGAAAAUAAAGAGUUUAUAAAUUUUAAUUCUGAGAAUAAAAUAAAACAAAAUACUUCACCUCACAAGAUACAAACAAAUUUUAAUAAACCCCAUGUAUUCAUACGGUCACAAGAUGCAUUACCAAAACCUAAUGAUGAAGGAACGGGAAAAAAAUUAGUUGAAGCUAUUAACUCGAAGGAGAAUGUCAGAGAAGUGAAAUUAAUUCCAAAAUCAAAAACAAACAUUAAUAUACCACAUGAAUCAAUAGCCAUCACCUCGGAACCAGGUUGUAACGAUAACUUAUUACCGACUCCGUAUUCAAGAUCACUUAAAAAUUAUAAUGGGCAACGAAAAAUUUAUAUCAACCCUAAGGUAUCAAGUGAUACUUGUGUUUUUGAAAAUUUAAUUCAGAAACAGAAAAGUAGUAUUUCUUCUGGACAUAAAGUUGCCUCAUUCAGAACUGAAAGAUCAGAGGAUACAUUUUUCAUACUGCAGAGAGAAAUGAUAAACACUAAAUUGUUAGACAAGGCAAAUCACAAUAAAAAUAAACGAAAUGACUUGCAAAAAUUACACCUUUUAACAAGUAAUUCGAAAGAAUGUGUCACGAAGAAUAAAGUUCCUGAAAAUCAAUUCAAAUCAUUAGGAGUAGAAGAUCUUCAUUGCAAAAAUAAUUAUUUAAAACAAAAUAAAGAAAAUUCAAUGAUAAAUAUUUCAAAGCAACAAAUAUCUGAAACAACGGAUAAAAAUAUGGAUAAUGGCCGACUUUUGUGUACCACAGGAGAUAAAAAAAAUAAUUCUACUUACAAAGGAGAAAGACGUGAAAUAGACAAUAAUUCUAAAAAAUAUGAUAAUAGUGAUAUAUUAAAUGUAUCAAGCAAUCAAGUAAUGAGUACACCCUCCAAAUGUAUGCAAAAUGAAACAAAAUUAGAAAUUAAUGAACCAGGUUCAGGAAAAACGAAGUGUGGUAUAAAUGACUAUCAUAUAUGUAAACCAAAUGAAAAUGAAUCUUGUGAAAACAAUAGUAAUCCUUCUAAAUUAAUUCAACAUUCAAUUAAUUCAAAAUUGGAUUCUGAAACUGAUUUAGUUAAUGGUGAAGGAGUUAAUAAGAUAAAAAAUUCUUUAGAGCAUACAUCGCCUAAAGAAAUAGAAAAUGCUACUGUAUGAUCUAAAAUAUUUUAUCUAUAAAAAGGUCCAUAAAUAAACUUUUGUCAUUUGUUUCUCUCUCUAUUAUACAAACAAGUUUUCAGUGACUCACAUAUUGUAUUUUAUUUUAGUAUUAGGAGAGUGGGAGAAUACAAGAGC